AUGCACGGGAGUACCGGUGACGCGGACGCGGGUCUGUUGGAGGAAAUUGGACAGGUUGGUAGAGAUCGGCCCGUCAUGCAGGUCGGCGAAGAGCCAAGAAAGCACCAGACGGUCACGGACGGACAAAUAUCACUGAAGAGAGGCAGCUGGAAUGACUGGCGGAUGGAUGGUCGCGACUCAUGGCCAAUGCUACCUGCGAUGGAGGUCGAAAAAGAAACGUUUGAUGGGGUUUGGUGCGCAGGUCGAUGCCCGGGAGCCAAGGGGCGGUGUCGAAGGCAUUCGGGGUCAUCCUGGUUCGAGGGACGAGCUGAGAGCCCACCUGCCUGGAGUAUGACACUCCCGCAGGCAUAUGGCAGCUGA